AUGAAAGAACACGUAUGUGGAUUACCUAAGAAUCGGGAAGAUUUUCACCACCUCGACUCCAAGAUAAAUAUAAAGGAUCACACGUUUAAUAGAGUGUUGACGAAUCUGUUCAAGAUCAGUGAAAACUCGCCAAGAUCGAAAAUAUUCUUAGACAGCCUGGCUGCCGUGUCCGUUGAGAGCAGGAGGCACGCUGCUCUCAAAUACUCGUGGAUCAUUCACCCCUUUAGUCUCUUUAGAUUCUCCUGGGAUCUGUUCAUGGCUGCGAUAUACUUGAUCUCCUUCAUAUCGAUCCCCUUCAUGGUCUGCUUCAUCGUCAUGUGCCACGACCGCGUCCGUUUGGACAAAUACAAUUUAUUUAUUUACACGUUCUGCUGGUUGGACAUAGUUUGCAACUGUAUCACUGGGUACUACGAUGAGAAGCACAGAAGCGUUGAAAUGCAACUAUCAAAGAUCUUAAAACACUACCUGCGAACCUUCCUGAUAAUGGAUAUCCUUUCUUCCCUGCCAUGGGACCACAUAACACUCCCAUGGCGAAGGAAACCUGGGAAGGAAUCUAGUUACGUCGUCGUCCUGAUCAAUCUUCUGCCUCUUCUGAAGCUGACACGUUACAUCUAUGUCAACUACAGAAUUUUCGAAUUAUUUACGGUGAAAACGCAUUUUGAAAUUGUCGAUCAAUCUUCAUUGGACUCUCGUUGCUUCAGUUUUUCCAUCGACAAAGUAUUUCAUAAAACUUAUAACAUUUCAGUACCUCGAGAUAAUACAUUUCUACUACCAAAUGUUAACCACUCUCAUGUUGGGUUUCUUCCUAAUGUUCUGGUCUUCGUGUCUGUGCUACUUGAUACCAGUCUUGAUCCUUCAUUUUCAAAAUUCCUCGCCAGAGGUAAGCGAUCGAUAAAUAAUGUAUCAUCUGUUUCGAGCCAUACUGAUGUUAAUAAUGAUAUUCUUUAUUUACAGGAAUGCGUAGAAUGUUGGAUGACAGGAUUAGACAGCAACAGUAUACCGUUUAGGUUCCAGCACUCGCUUUUCAUAGUAAUCGAGAAGCUAUCAGCCAGUGGUUAUGGCUUGUACGUGCCAAGAACAGAUGGACACCUUCUGCUGAGCAGCACUCUUAUGGUGAUGGGCAGAGUACUCGAGUGUUUCAUCAUAGUGAUGAUCAUUCAGAUAAAAGCAGGAACAAAGGCGUCUACAUCAAAAUUUCAAGAGAUCAUGAACCAACUGAAAGCUUACACGAGGCAGAAGCAACUGCCACUGCACAUGAAGAAUCGACUCUUAGCUUAUUACCAAUAUCGUUUCAGGAAUAGCUACUUCCGCGAGAAGUGGCUCCUGUCGAACCUGUCAGAGGCACUGCGUCAGGAAAUCGCGCUCCAGUCGAGUCAUCGUUUGAUCGAAAACGUGGCCAUUUUUAAGAACCUACCAAAGCACAUUCUGCGAAUGAUAGUGAAGAAUCUGAAGUUCGAGCUGCACCUGCCUAACGACGUGAUCGUGAAAGCUGGGGCACAGGGUGACUGCAUGUUCUUCCUGUCUGCUGGUACUGUCGCUGUUUUGACGCCCACUGGAAAGGAGAUUUGUCACUUGGAAGAUGGCGCCCAUUUCGGCGAGGUGGCCCUGUUGGUCCCCGAUCAGAGAAGAGUGGCGAGCGUAAUCGCGAUCGAGGUGUGCGAGGUGUACCGUCUGGAUCGCAGAGAUUUUCGAAAAUGCAUCGCUGUGCACACCGAACUCUUUGCAAACAUCGAGAGUAUCGCGACGGACAGAAUCGAGAGGGCUGUACUCAUCGAGGAGCAACAUAAACGUCACCUCAUGCGUGACUCCUUUCACGACGAUGGAAUGCUCUAA